CGGAGUUGGUGAACAGUGUGAAUCAGAGUCGCUGUGGGGACUGGUGAGCUCGCCACACAGCUGUCAGGAGGAGAGCCGCGGAACCUGCAAACUUAUGAACUGAGAAGGUGUAUCGUGUCCUUCGGUCUGCUGGUAUCAGGAUGUGGUUCACAGUCAGACUGAGUCUCUGCCUGCUGGGCUUCUUUCUCAUCUCUGUGUUCCCUCACGCAGCACAAGGCCAAGUUUCAUCACCAAGAAGGCUUCGCACCAAAGUCCUGAGCCCCACCAAGCUGCACGUGUCUUGGAAAGAACCCAAAGGACAGUUUGAAAGCUACAAAGUCGUUUACACCACACGGCCAGGUGGAGAGCAGAAGGUGGUUCAGGCUUCAAAGCAGGAAGCAAAACUGGUCAUCGAGGACUUUGAUCCUUCUAAAACUUACAACUUUAAGAUCAUUGCAGUCCACGAGGGGCAGGAGAGCAAACCUCUUCAGGGCAAACAUGAAGCUCAGCAAUCGGCUGUUGAAAUGGCUCCAUCCCAAGGGAGAAAAAACAGCAGCGUCACACAGGAGAACAAUGAGAUCUCAGAAGCUGAAGCGGGAUUUAUGUGUAAGACUCCAGCCAUAGCCGACAUCGUGAUCCUGGUAGACGGUUCCUGGAGUAUCGGGCGGAUCAACUUCAGGCUGGUCAGGACCUUCCUGGAGAACCUGGUCAAGGCGUUCUCUGUGGAGAUUGACAAGACUAGGAUUGGUCUGGCUCAGUACAGUGGAGACCCCAGGAUCGAGUGGCAUCUGAACGCUCACACCACUAAAGAGUCUGUAAUCGAUGCUGUGAAGAAUCUGCCAUAUAAAGGAGGAAACACACUGACAGGUCUGGCUCUGACCUUCAUCCUGGAGAACAGCUUCAAACCAGAGUCAGGCUCCAGACCCGGUGUUCCCAAGAUAGGAAUCCUCAUCACCGAUGGGAAGUCCCAGGAUGAUGUCAUACCCCCAGCGCAGAGCCUGAAGGAUGCUGGGAUUGAACUGUUUGCCAUUGGUGUGAAAAAUGCUGAUGAGAAUGAGCUGAAGGCGAUUGCCUCACCGCCAGAGGAAACUCACGUCUACAACGUGGCAGACUUCAGCGUGAUGAGCGACAUCGUGGAAGGUCUCACCAAGACCGUUUGUGACCGCGUGGAGCAGCUCGACAGGAAGAUCAAAGGGGGGGCGGAGCCUGCGCCGCCACCAGCCGUCGUGGCUGCACCUCGUGACCUCGUGACCUCAGAGAUAACUGCUCGCAGUUUCCGGGUGACAUGGACACAUGCGUCGGGUCAGGUGGAGAAGUACCGAGUGGUGUACUACCCCGCCAGUGGGGGGCAGCCAGAAGAAAAGGUGGUCCAGGGGACCCAGAACAGCGUGGAGCUGAGCUAUCUGAACUCUCUGACAGAGUACCAGGUGGCUGUUUUUGCCGUCUAUCGCAGCUCCGCAAGUGAAGCCCUGAGAGGAAGUGCUACUACAUUGGCCCUGCCCACGGUGAACAACCUGGAGUUGUUUGAUAUUACUCACAGCACUAUGCGGGUCCGCUGGAAGGCCGCCGCUGGGGCUUCUGGGUACAUGAUCCUGUACGCCCCGCUGACUGAGGAGGACGCUUCAGAUGAGAAGGAGGUGAAGGUGGAUGACUCGGUGACUGAGGUGGAGCUGGAAGGAUUGACUCCAGCUACUGAGUACACGGUGACAGUUUACGCCAUGUACGGGGAGGACGCCAGUGACCCCAUGACCAGCCAGCAGACCACAUUACCGCUGAUCCCAGCGAGGAACCUUCGUUUCUCGGAGGUGGAUCACAGCUCUGCCCGGAUCACAUGGGACUCCGCCUCCAGGAAGGUUAAAGGGUACCGCAUCAUGUACGUCAAAACCAAUGGAGUCCAGACCAAUGAGGUGGAUGUUGGCCGUGUGACAACCUGGCUGCUAAAAAACCUGACGUCACUGACGGAGUACACUGUUGGUGUGUUUGCCGUCUAUGAUGAAGGACAAGCUGAGGUUGUGACAGACAGCUUCACCACAAAAACUGUCCCGGACCCAGUGGACCUGAGGAGCAGUGACAUCUCCACAGACAGCUUCAGGGUGUCCUGGGGUCACCCGGCGUCUGAUGUGGUGCUUUAUCGACUCACCUGGACACCCACCGAUGGAGACGAGAGCAAUGAGGUUUUGGUGAAUGGGAAUAUCAACACCUACCUGAUAAAGGACCUCACCCCCUCGACAGAGUACGAAGUUCUCCUGGCCGCCAUUUACGGGAAUGAGCUGGAGAGUGAUGAGGUGAUCCUCGUGGAGUCCACCGCUGAAAAAACAACCACCAUUGCCACGACAACCACCACCGUAGCAGCUCCUCGAUAUGGGGUGAGAAGUAUGAAGAUCGAUGAAGAAACUACGUUCAGCAUGCGGGUGUCCUGGCAGCCCGUCGACCCCAGAAAUGUUCGACAUUAUCGACUGAGCUACAUCAGUGCGAGGGGAGACCGAGCAGCAGAGACGAGAACAGUGCCCACUGGUCAGAAUAGCCUGGUUCUGCAGCCUCUGCUGUCAGACACAGAGUACAAAGUCUCCAUCACGCCUGUUUACCCCGAGGGGGACGGACCGGCAGCCGCCGAGACGGGACGAACGCUUCCUCUCUUAGCUCCCAGGAACCUGCGCGUCUCAGAGGAAUGGUACAAUCGCUUCAAGAUCAGCUGGAAUGUUCCACCGUCGCCCACAAUGGGGUACAGGGUCAUCUACCAGCCUCUAACUGCCCCUGGACAAGCUCUGGAAACCUUUGUGGGGGAGGAUGUGAACACCAUGCUGAUCGUUAACCUGCUGAGUGGUACCGAGUACAGCGUCAAGGUCAUCGCCUCCUACUCGACUGGAUCCAGCGAAGCCCUGACAGGAAGGGCCAAGACCUUGUACCUGGGCGUGACUAACCUGAGUACCUAUCAGGUGAGAAUGAAUGGGCUGUGUGCCCAGUGGCAGCCUCACCGACACGCCAGCGCCUACAGAGCGGCCCUGGAGUCGAUGGUUGGCAGUCAGAAGCAGGAGACGAGAGUGAGUGGAGGCGCGAGCAGGCACUGUUUCACCAACCUGAAGCCCAACAUGCAGUAUAAGAUCAGCAUCUACGCUCAGCUGCAGGACGGGACCGAAGGGCCCGCGGUCACCACUACUGAGAAGACACUACCCGUCCCGACCCCACCGCCCACCAAGCCCCCGACCACCACGCCUCCACCCACAAUCCCUGCUGCCAAGGAAGUCUGUAAAGCUGCCAAAGCAGACUUGGUGUUCCUGGUUGACGGUUCCUGGAGUAUCGGAGAUGAAAACUUCCUGAAGAUCAUCCGUUUCCUGUAUAGCACCAGUGGAGCUCUGGACCGGAUCGGGCCGGAAGGCACACAGGUGGCUAUUGCCCAGUUCAGUGACGAUGCCCGGACAGAGUUUAAGCUGAACUCCUACAGUGACAAGGAGGGUCUGCUGGACGCCAUCAACAAGAUCUCCUACAAGGGAGGAAACACUAAGACAGGUCGAGCCAUCCAACACGUGAAGAAAAACAUCUUCACGGAAGAGGCGGGAGCGAGGAGAGGAAUCCCCAAAGUCCUCGUGGUGCUCACCGACGGUCGAUCUCAGGAUGACGUCAACAAAGUCUCCAAAGAGAUGCAGAUGGAAGGUUACAUCGUGUUUGCCAUUGGCUUCGCUGAUGCUGACUACGGGGAGCUGGUGAGCAUCGCCAGUAAACCCAGUGACAGGCACGUCUUCUUUGUGGAUGACCUGGACGCCUUCAAGAAGAUCGAAGAGAAGCUGGUGACCUUUGUGUGUGAAGCUGCUACAGCCACGUGUCCGGCUGUACCGAUGAGCGGCAGCACGAUGCCAGGCUUUCGCAUGAUGGAGCUGUUCGGGCUCGUGGAGAAUCGGUACAGCAGCAUGUCUGGCGUUUCCAUGGUACCCGGCACCUUUAACACGUUCCCCUGUUUCCACCUGCACAGCGACGCGCUGCUGGCACAGCCAACCAGGUACAUCCAUCCUGAGGGGCUGCCUUCUGACUACACCAUCACCCUGCUGUUCAGGCUGCUGGCCGACACUCCCGAGGAGCCUUUUGCGCUCUGGGAGAUCCUCAACAAGAACAACGAACCUCUAGUGGGAGUCAUCCUGGACAAUGGUGGAAAAACUCUGACGUUUUUCAACAACGACUAUAAAGGAGAGUUUCAGACAGUCACCUUUGAAGGGCCGGAAAUAAAGAAGCUCUUCUUUGGAAACUUCCAUAAGCUUCACCUCGCCAUCAGUAAGACGAGCGCCAAAGUGUUCGUUGACUGCAAGAUGGUGUCUGAGAAGACCGUCAACGCAGCAGGAAACAUCAGCACUGAUGGGCUGGAGGUUCUUGGUAAGAUGGUCCGCUCCCGAGGGAACAAGGACAACUCUGCACCGUUUCAGCUCCAGAACUUUGAUAUCGUCUGCAGCACCUCGUGGGCCAACAGAGACAAGUGCUGUGAACUUCCCAGUCUGAGGAAGGAGGUAGACUGCCCGGCCUUGCCUAAAGCCUGCACCUGCACCCAGGACAGCAAAGGCCCCCCAGGCCCUGCUGGACCACCAGGAGGUCCAGGAAUCAGAGGAGCCAGAGGAGAACGUGGAGAGCCAGGCCCUGUGGGACCAACUGGUCCUGUUGGAGAUACGGGUCUUCCAGGACCUCAGGGACCCCCAGGACGGCAAGGACCCAGUGGACGCUCCAUUAUCGGACCCCCGGGCAGUCCUGGAGAGAGAGGUCAGAAAGGUGAUGUAGGACAACAAGGAACUCAGGGGGUUCCUGGAAGACCCGGAGGUCCAGGGAGGGAAGGACCUCCAGGACCCAGAGGACUGCCAGGCAAAGAUGGCCCCCCAGGCACACAGGGCCCCCCAGGAACCAUCGGAACUCCAGGAGCUCCAGGAUCCCCAGGAAGUACAGGACCUCCAGGAAAGCAGGGAGAGCUGGGCCCACCGGGACCUCCUGGAACUAAGGGAGAGAAAGGUGAACGGGGAGAUCUCCAGUCGACAGCAUCAGUUCAGGCCAUUGCCAGACAGGUCUGUGAGCAGCUGAUCCAAAGCCACAUGGCGCUUACAACAGCAUCCUGA